CGGCGCCCAUUGUCGGCAUCGGCAAGGAACAGGAUCCUUCGGCAUCCUACAUGCAAGCGCACACUGAUGGAAACUAUGCUUUGGCAUGCUGCAACGUUCUUAGGGAUGACGAGGCGUCCUUUAGCAUGCCGCACCGUCCUGUAGCUUGCCGAAGCGUCUCAAUAUCGUAUUUCUCGUCAAAACAGUUUCAGAGUUGUUACAAGCUAGUUGUGUGAGUUGUAUUUAAUAUGGUGGACUGGGAUCUAGUGCUCAUAGCAGCUCUUGCUGAAGAAGAAGAGAAAUCUAAUCAAUCAAGAAGAUUUUGGGUGAACAACCUUUGGAAGCAACGAUAUACGUCCGGUGAAUUCAACAAUUUAUUCAAUGAUUUGCGUUAUGACGUGCGAAAAUUUUAUGACUACUAUAGAAUGAGUUAUGAAAAUUUUGAAAGUCUGGUUCAUUUGCUUCGACCUUUCAUGGAGAAAAAACAAUCAAAUUUUCGCACACCUAUAUCUGUUGAAGAAAGAUUGUCUGUGUGCUUGAGGUUUUUAAUCACAGGAGUCAGUUUCAAAACUUUAGCAUUCAAUUACCGAAUGGGAUUUAGUACAGUUCGUUGUAUAGUCCAUGAAACCUGCCGUGUAAUCUGGAAUAUUCUUGGCCGUAUCGUUCUGCCAAAACCAACAACAGCACAAUGGAAGAUAAUUGCUAAAGACUUUGAUGAAAUAUGGAAUUUUCCAAAUUGUAUUGGUGCCAUAGAUGGCAAGCACUUCAAGAUACGAGCUCCAAAUAAUAGUGGAACAAACAACCGAUACACGCAGUGGUUACCUCGAUUGUGUUGUGUGUGAGUCAAAUGAUUCAAAUGGCGGAUGCCUCCCCUCGCCCCGCAGGGCAAGCUAUCCCCGAGUGGUGCCUCGGCGCCGGCGGGUACCGAAGGAUGCCGAAGGAUGCCGAAGCAUCCCGAAGCAUUCUUAAGGCUGCCGAUACAGCAGCCUCAAGCAUACCGAAGCGGUAUUUUUGUUAUUACGACCAUAUAUAAUGGAAAUUUCU